AUGGAUUCGAUAAACAUACCGACCCCGCAAAAGCACCUCGAUUGUCGGGUGUAUAAUUUCAGUAUAGAUGCAUCGAGAAUCAGAUCAGCUAUUGGAAGAAUCAAAGACACCAUAUGGCCCAGGCCUAUACAAACUGAUCCCUCUCAAAGGAAUCCAAACUUGAUUUGUAAGUAUCAUGGCACACAUGGCCAUAGAACUGAAGACUGCAGGAAGCUAAGGGAGGAAGUGGCUCAGUUGUUCAACGAGGUUCAUCUUCGAGAAUUUCUCAUUGAUCGGGCUAAGAACCACUUCAGGGAAAGAGAUGCAAAUAGAAAAAAUGAGCAGGAAGAACCACAGCAUGUAAUCCAUAUGAUCAUUGGCGGCGUCGAUAUUCCACAAGGGCCUGUGUUCAAACACACCAAAGUGUCGAUCACCAGAGAAAAAUGGAUUCGGAGCUAUGUGCCCGAGGGCGUCCUAUCAUUCAAUGACGAGGAAGCAGAAGGCAUAUCUCAGCCGCACAAUGGUGCCCUGGAUCAAAUUGUACCUGCAUCCCGAGUCCUAAAUGGCUUCAACAUAAAGAGCAAAACAAUGAAGGGGGAGAUAAUCCUACCAGUAAAUGUGGUGGGAACUAUUCAAGAUACAAAAUUCCAUGUCAUCGAAGGUGACAUGAGAUACAAUGCACUACUCGGGAGGCUGUGGAUUCACAACAUAAGGGUUGUACCUUCAAUGCUUCAUCAAAUGAUGAAAUACCCAACAAUGGAUGGAGUGAAAACGGUUCACGGAGAAUAA